UUUCCAACCCCUGCUGAAGCUUUUUAAGGAAGCGUCUAGAAAUGCUAGAAUAUUUUUUUAAGGAAGGAUUAGACAAGUCGCCAUGUCUGUCUUAUAAAUACUGAUCUGCUGUUCAUGUACACACACCGACACACACCUAGGGCUGAAGAGGGAGUUCACGCUCAGAUGGAAUCGGUACUGACUCUUCUGAAUCUUUUCUGCUGUUGCUUGUAGAUUCCUCUUACACAGCAGACACAGAGCCCAGGGAGAAGAUCCUGACCUGAUGCUCACACACUACCUGAUACAGAUGGAGAUCAGUCUCAGAUCAGUCAGGGAUUCGACACUGACUCUGACUCUUCUGAAUCUUUUCCUGCUGUUACAUGGAGUUUCCUCUGACACUGAGUUCGAGAUCUCGGUUCCCACGGGUGUACAGAUGGGUGUGUACGGCGAGGCGGUCCAUCUGUCCUGCGUGUUCCCAGUGAACGGCUCGUGGGACGCAGACAGCAGCGUGAUCACGUGGCUGCACAACCAAGAGGUGGUCCACAGUUUCUUUCAUAACCGAGACCAGCCACAAUACCAAAGCCAGACAUACGCCAACCGCACCAGCCUGUUCCACCAGGAGAUGAAGAAGGGGAACGCGUCGCUCAGGCUGGACCGCACCACUCUGGAGGACGCGGGGGAGUACACCUGCUCCGUCAGCACUCGGCUGGUCAGGCAGAAUAAGAGUUUCCCCCUCAAAGUAGCAGCGUUCUACUCUGAGCCUCGUCUGAAAAUCUCUUUGCUGGACAACGGCCACAUGGAGGUUCUGGUGACCUCAGAGGGUGGGUUCCCCUCUCCCUCCCUGCAGUGGCUGAUGGGAAACUCCAGGGACGUCACCAACCACACACACACGCAGCUGAGUAAGGACCAUCACACAGGUCUGUACAGCGUGAACAGUAAACUGAUCCUAAAUAGAACCGUCAACUCCUCCAUCACCUUCAUCAUGAAGAACCCAGAUCUGGACCAGACCAUCAGGAGGAACAUCGACCUCUUCUCAGCGUUCUACUCUGAGCCUCGUCUGAAAAUCUCUUUGCUGGACAACGGCCACAUGGAGGUGCUGGUGACCUCAGAGGGUGGGUUCCCCUCUCCCUCCCUGCAGUGGCUGAUGGGAAACUCCAGGGACGUCACCAACCACACGCACACGCAGCUGAGUAAGGACCAUCACACAGGUCUGUACAGCGUGAACAGUAAACUGAUCCUAAAUGGAACCGUCAACUCCUCCAUCACCUUCAUCAUGAAGAACCCAGAUCUGGACCAGACCAUCAGGAGGAACAUCGACCUCUUCUCAGAAAAUGGAGGCUCUGACCAGAGGAGCCAGCGAGCAGGACUCAUUGUGCUUUCUGUUGUUGUAGUUAUUUUACUCGCUGUGAUCAUUUCACUAAUUAUCCUUCAACACCGAAUGAUGAAAAAGGAAAAAUCUCGAAAUACUUCAGAGAGUAACAUCGAGUCAUCAGAAGCUUCGAUCCAUCAGACAGCAGCUGAAAAACCUUUAAUGGAUGAAACUGAAAGUGUUACAGAAUCCCAGAUAAAGGAAGAUCUUGUGCCAGGCGGCUAGACUAGAAGAAGAAAUGUAGUUUAUUUAUUAGGAUUUAUUUCUUAAGUUCUCCACCAACUGGCCUUCAGCAGAGCAGUCAGUGAUUAAGGCAGAUGUGUGGAGUCACAUCUUCAAAACCAUCUCCAUCCUGAUCUCCAGCUCCUGUCUUCCUCACUGCUGAAACUUUUUAUGGCACUGAAUAUUUAGAAGAUUAAUAUUUCUAAUGGACAAUGUUAAGGGUCUGGUGUCUCUGAUCAAAAUCCAGAUUUCAGCUAGAACUGAAGAUCAAUAAACCUCAUCAUAGUAUUUUUGUAAAGAAGCAUUUAUUAUACUUUAAAUGUUCAGCUUGGUCUAUUUCAGGCAGGUGACAGUCAGCUGUGAGCACCGGUGUAAUUUCUGUGCCGUUCAUCAUUUAGUGUUAAAUUCAGUCCUCAACGGUGGCAGCUCCAGUCGUCACCAUGGCGACGUCCACCUAACAUUUGUGUGCUUGAAGUAAAAUACAUGUGAAGGUUUCUGUUGUGUUAAAAGGUUGUGUGUUAGUUGAUGAAUCCCUCUUUCUGGACAAGGGUUACUGAUGCAUUUAUUUAUAAUAAUUAUUUUUCAUUUUGAGUCAUGUGGCAUUUGUACAUUUAACCAUUUAAAAUGUUUAUAAAA